AUGACGACUAGCAGUGAGGAUGUGCUGCUGCAAAUGGGCGAAGUGCGUUAUAAAAAAGGCGAUGGCACGCUCUACGUAAUGAAUGAGCGUCUGGCAUGGAUGGCGGAGAAUCGUGAUACAGUGGCAGUGUCACAUCGUUUUGCCGACAUCAAAAUGCAGAAAAUAUCGCCUGAAGGUAAACCAAAAGUACAACUUCAAGUGGUGUUGCACGAUGGUAACAGUUCCACAUUCCAUUUUGUCAACCGAAAUGGACAAGCAGCGACGCUCGCUGACCGUGAUAAAGUGAAGGAGUUGCUGCAACAACUACUACCAAACUUUAAGCGUAAGGUUGAUAAGGAGUUAGAAGAGAAAAAUCGCAUACUAUCGGAAAAUCCCAAUUUGUUGCAACUCUAUAAAGAUUUAGUUAUAACACAAGUACUUACCAGUGAAGAGUUUUGGGCCACACACGCCAAGGAACAUGCCAUGAAGAAGAAUAACAAAAAACAGGAUAUAGGUGUAUCUGGCGCUUUUCUUGCUGAUAUCAAACCACAAACUGAUGGUUGUAAUGGCCUAAAAUACAAUUUAACUCCUGACAUAAUACUGUGUAUAUUUAAGACAUAUCCCGCCGUCAAAAGAAAGCAUCAAGAAAAUGUACCAGCCAAAAUGACGGAAGCAGAAUUCUGGACAAAGUUCUUUCAGUCACAUUACUUUCAUCGCGAUCGAAUUACAGCAGGUUCAAAAGACAUUUUCACAGAAUGUGGAAAAAUUGACGAUCAGACCCUAAAGGCUGCGGUUCAACAAGGAGCUGGUGAUCCUUUGCUCGAUUUGAAGCAGUUUGAAGACGUGCCUUUGGAGGAAGGUUUCUGCAGUGUAGCCGGCGAUCGCAACAUAUCGAAUAGUGGUAAUAUUGUCCAUCAGAAUAUGAUAAAACGAUUUAACCAACACUCCAUAAUGGUGCUGAAGACUUGUGCCGAUGUGUCGGGCAGUUCCACUUCAACAGCCAAUGGGCCGGCAGCCAAAUCGAAAGACGCAAAGACCACCGAAAAUGGUACAACCAAUGGAGGUGUUGAAAAACCCAAAUCAUCAAAGGAAGCCAAAUCUAAUGAUGCUGAUACUAAUUCAACUAGUAAUUCCACUGCCAACGGCGUACUUGAAAGCCCCAGUAAGCCGGCAAAACGACAACGGAUUAUUGAAAAAAUCCACUAUGAGGAUCUUGGUGAACCGUUAAUAGAAGCAGCUGAUACAACAGAUACCACUAAAAAAAUAAAAAAAUCACAACAACUGUCACUAGCCAAAGAGGAGCGUUAUUUACAUGGUCCCAUGCCAAUAAGCGGCUAUGAUAUGCACGAGGAUCCACGUCGCAUGGAAGAAAUUCAAUACCAUUUAAUGCGUGCCACCGAAAACUGGAACCAACGUACGCCACACAAGGUUUUGGUUAGCCCAACGGCAGCGGUGAAUGCACUCGGAGAGCUGAGUCCAGGUGGUGCGCUAAUGCGUGGCUUCCAUGAGCAAUCAGUUGGGCAGUUGGUGCCACCCGAUUUUGAGAAGGAUUUACGUAAUUUAUAUUUAUCAUUGUCGGAACUGUUGAAACAUUUCUGGAAUUGCUUCCCACCAACCACCGCAGAAGCCGAAGAAAGAGCUGUACGCAUGCAUGAGGCGCUACAACGCUUCAAGAUGGCUAAACUGGUGCCGUUCGAGAGUCGCGCAUUGCAUGAGCUCUCACCGCUGGGUGCUUCUCUCACUCAGCACUUGAACCGACUAUUGCAGUCGUCGAACACGAAAUUUGCGACUUGGCAAGAGCGAAAGAUGCGCCAAAAUAGGUAACAACCGUUCGUGUAAAUGCAUGCGCCUGCUAUGGUUGUUAUACAACGGCAAAACCAAAAUUUGAACUUUACAUAAAAGAUGAACUAUGCACUCGCUCGCCUACUGGACGAAGCUUGAAACUUGUAGUACAUCCACUGUUUGUUUUUGUUCCACUGUAUACAUUCAACUCAUCAGUUAAUUUAUUGAAAUCUAUUGUAGAAUGGUGUAUUUAAUAUUACAUGCAAAUGAAAGCAAAAUUUAUUUUCCUCCAAAGCUGUUUAACAAGCAUAAAUAUGUACAAUAGAAUAGAAAAAACAGAGAUUUUUAAGCAAAGAA